GGAGGGAGCCUCUGAACAGCCACGUAGGCAUUCUCUUCUCUCUGGAGGAAAAGGCCCAGCAGCUGUCGGAGGAACGGCCCAGCAGCUGUCAGCAAAGGGACAUGUCGCAGCUAAGUAAGAAUCUGGGUGACUCGAGUCCUCCGGCGGAGGCCCCGAAGCCGCCUGCCUAUAGCCGCCCUACGGUUCUGAUGCGGGCCCCGCCCGCUUCCUCUCGGGCUCCACCAGUCCCUUGGGAUCCUCCAAUUGACUUGCAGGCUUCAUUGGCCGCUUGGCAGGCACCUCAGCCCGCCUGGGAGGCCCCGCAGGGCCAGCUGCCCGCCCCGGUGGCUCCAAUGGCCCAACCUCCGACCCUAGGGGGCCCGAUGGUCCAGGCUCCCCCGCUGGCGGGCCCAGUGGGCAAGCCUCCGACUCCCGGAGUGCUGAUGGUGCAUCCUUCGGCUCCGGGAGCCCCGAUGGCCCAGCCUCAAACUCCGGGAGUCCUGAUGGUGCAUCCUUCAGCUCCCGGAGCCCCUAUGGCCCAUCCUCCUCCUCCUCCGGGGACCCCGAUGUCCCAUCCUCCCCCUCCGGGUACCCCAAUGGCCCAUCCUCCCCCUCCGGGGACCCCGAUGGCCCAUCCAGCCCCUCCGGGGACCCCGAUGGUGCAUCCACCCCCACCGGGGACACCGAUGGCUCAUGCUCCCCCACCGGGGACACCGAUGGCUCAUCCUCCGCCGCCGGGGACACCGAUGGCUCAUCCUCCCCCGCCGGGGACACCGAUGGCACAGCCUCCUGCUCCGGGAGUCCUGAUGGCCCAGCCUCUGACUCCCGGAGUCCUGAUGGUCCAGCCUCCUGCUCCAGGAGCCCAGAUGGCCCAGCCUCCACCUCCGGGAGCCUUGAUGACCCAGCCUCCACCUUCAGGAGCCCCCCUGGCCAAGCCUCCAGGUCCUGGAGUCCUGAUGAUCCAACCUCCAGGUUCGAGAACUACGAUCACCCAGCCUCCAGCGUCAGGAGCCCCGAUGGCGCAGCCAGCGGCCCCACCUGCGCAGCCUCUGGCUUCCUGGGCUCCACAGGCUCAGCCUCUGAUCCUGCAAAUCCAGUCUCAGGUUAUAAGGGCUCCUCCACAGGUUCCCCAGGGCCCACAGGCCCCCCCUGCGCAGCUGGCCACACCCCCGGGUUGGCAGGCUACCUCGUCGGGAUGGCAGGCCACGCCGCAAGGCUGGCAGGCCACACCCCUGACCUGGCAGACCACGCAGGUCACCUGGCAGGCCCCUGCGAUUGCCUGGCAGGCGCCGCAGCCCGUGCGCCAAGGCCCUCCGCCCAUCCGCCCUGGCCCCCCGCCCAUCCGCCCUGGCCCCCCGCCGGUGCGCCAGGCUCCACCGGUGAUCCGCCAGGCACCGCCGCUGAUCCGCCAGGCACCGCCGCCGAUCCGACCGGCCCCGCAGGUACUGGCCACCCAGCCACAGCUCUGGCAGACCCUGCCACCCCCACCUCCUCUGCGGCAGGCCCCGCAGGCUCGGCUGCUGGCCCCACAGGUGCAGGCGGCGCCGCAGGUGCCUACGGCCGCAGCAGUCACGCAGGUACCCGCGGCGCCGCCCGCUGGCCCGCAGGUGCCCCAGCCAGUACUGCCGGCCCCGCUGUCUGUCUCGCUGUCUACUACACAGGCUGUGCACUGCCCACCCAUCAUCUGGCAGGCCCCCAAAGGCCAACCCCCAGUGCCACACGAGCUGCCGACGUCGAUGGAGUUCCAGGAGGUGCAGCAGGCCCAGGCGAUAGCCUGGCAGGCCCCGAAGGCCCCCACUCACUUCUGGCAGCCCCUACCUGCUCAGGAGGCCCAGAGGCAGGGCCCCCCCAUCGUCCAGCUGGAGCAGCCCUUUCAGGGAGCCCCGCCCUCCCAGAAAGCCCUACAAAUCCAGCUACCCACCCAGCAGGCCCAGCCCACGGGUCCGCAAGCAGAGCUGCCCACACUGCAGCUCCAGCCCUCCUGGCAGGCCCCACCUGCAGUCUUGCAGGCCCAGCCUGGAGCCCCCAUAGCCGAGGCAAAUUUUCCCCGGGGCUCCACUAAAUCACUGAUGACUCCAUCAGGAGAAUCCAGGGCCUCUUCUAUAGAACGCAGGGGCUCUGCUAAAGAACGUAGGACCUCCUCAAAGGAAAGGAGGGUCCCUUCAAAGGACCGCAUGAUCUUUGCUGCCACCUUCUGUGCUCCCAAGGCAGUGUCAGCUGCCCGAGCACACUUGCCAACUGCCUGGAAAAACUUGCCUGCCACAUCAGAGACCUUUACUGCCACCUCAAGGGUCUUUCCAGCUACCUCCCAGUUUCAGCCUGCCUCUUCUCAUGCCUUUACAGGCCCCUCCAUCACCUCAGAGGCCCCCAAGUCACUACCAUUUGCUCUGCAGGAUCCAUUUGCCUGUGUGGAGGCUCUGCCUGCAGUCCCGUGGGUUCCACAGCCCAAUGUGAAUGCCUCGAAGGCAUCCAAGGUAGUGCCCACCAUCCUGAUGGCUACAGCAGCUGCCCCACAGGCAGCUGCCACCUUUCAAGAGGCCUCAAAGACCUCCGUUGAGCUGCCACGUCGCUCGGGCAAAGUCACCCGGAAGAAGAAGCACCUGGAAGCCGAAGAGGGCAGCAGUGGCCAUGUGUUGGCCUUUCAUGACUGGCAGGGCCCAAGGCCCUGGGAGAAUCUCAAUGUGAGUGACUGGGAAGUCCAACUCCCUAUCCAGGUCCUGGGUGACUGGGAGUGCCCAAACACCCCCUGUGGCCUGAGUGGCUGGGAGGGCCCUAGUACCUCCAGGAUCCUUAGUGGCUGGGAAGGGCCCAGCACAUCUUGGGCCCUGAGUGCCUGGGAGGGCCCCAGCACCUCGAGGGCCCUGGGUCUCUGUGAAGGCCCAGGUAGCCCUCAGCCCUUGCUUAUCUCUGAGGUCCCCAAUCUCCCUCAGGGAUCCACUUCCACCCAGGAUGAUCCCAAGGUGGAGACUCAGCCACUGUCUCCCUUGGAUGAGAGAGCAAAUGCAGUGGUGCAGUUCCUCUUGGUCAAGGACCAAGCCAAGGUUCCCAUCCAGCACUCAGAGAUGGUGAAAGUCAUCAUCCAAGAGUACAAACACGAGUGCUUAGAUAUCAUCAGCCAUGCCAACACUAAACUAGAGUGUGGCUUUGGUUGUCAAUUGAAGGAAAUUGACACCAAAACCCACUCUUAUAUUAUCAUCAGCAAACUGGGGCACCCUAAAUGUGAUUUGGUGGCAUCCUAUUUAAACAGGCCCAAGUUUGGCCUUCUGAUGGUGGUCUUGAGUCUCAUUUUUAUGAAAGGUAAUUGUGUCAAGGAGAAUCUGAUCUUUAAUUUUUUGUUCGAGUUAGGGUUGGAUGUCCGGGAGACAAGUGGUCUCUUCGGAAAUACAAAGAAGCUCAUCACCGACGUGUUCGUAAGGCAGAAGUACCUAGAGUACAAGCGAAUCCCCUACACUGAACCAGCAGAAUAUGAGCUCUUCUGGGGCCCUCGAGCGUUCCUCGAAACCAGCAAGAUGCUUGUCCUGAGGUUUUUGGCCAAGCUCCAUAAGAGAGAUCCACGGUGCUGGCCAUUCCAUUACCUUGAAGCGCUGGCAGAGUUUGAGUUCGAAGAUGUGGACGAGGAUGAGCCUGAAGCCGGUGAUAAUGCCGGUGGCCCCACCAGCAGCUCCCGUCCCUGCUAAUAGGUGUUGCAGAGAUCUCAUUGCUUUGGGUCCCCGGCCAGAGGCCAUUGACAGGGUGGGGGGACAAUUUGUUUCCAGUGUUUAUGUUCCAGUUCUAUGUGUGUAAGUUUGGGUUUUCAAUUUGGUUUCAUAUCUGCCAAAGCUUUGUACAUUUUCAUGUGGUGUUGAUUUCAAUUGGCUACUGUUCUAUUUGGUAUUUUGGCAUCUGUAUUUUUAAGUGAGAUCUGUGGUUCUCUGUUUUGUGUUAUAAUUGUUAUGUUUUGUAUCAGAGUUGUGCUGGCUUUGUGAAAUGAAUUAAGAAGCUAUCCAUCUCAUUCUGGUACAGAUUAUGUAGCAUCGUAAUUGGUUGUUCUUUGAACAUUAAAAUGACUCAUCAGUAAAAACU